CACACUGAAGAUUACCUGAAAGUGUAGAAGAGCACGCCCUGCGACAAUGCCCUUGACCUUCCCCCCCUCUCACGCUACACCUCUACAUACACAACUAGUACACCGCUGCUCGAGAUCUACAGUAGACAUAUGCACAGAGAGACCUUCUGUGGCAGGGUCUCUAAAUUGAGCGCGAUGUCUGCCUCCGAUAUGUAUGUAAAUUCGCAAGCCCAAACAUGGAACUAUGACUACGAGACCGAUGUCGGACUUGCCCAAAAGUUCCAUAAGCGGCUUCCUGGAUAUUGUCCAAGCCCACUGGUUGCCCUCGAUGAUGUUGCAAAAGAGCUGGGCGUGAAAGCUGUCUUUGUCAAAGACGAGAGUAGUCGUCUUGGACUGCCGGCAUUCAAAAUCCUAGGAGCAUCAUGGGGCACAUUUCGUGCCCUGGCAGAUCGUACUGGACUCCCUCUUGAUGCGAGUCUCGAAGAUGCAGCGAAAGCUGCGCAAAGAUCACGACUCGUUCUGUUGGCGGCCACCGAAGGAAAUCAUGGUCGUGCUGUGGCGCGGAUGGGCAAAAUCCUCGGCAUUCAAACCCAAAUAUAUAUGUCGAGAUAUGCCGAUCAUGAGACUGUCCAGAAGAUCGAAAGUGAAGGCGCGAACGUCACAGUGAUCUCUGGAGACUAUGAUGAAGCGGUUGGGAAAGCUUCGGCUGAAUCCAAACAGAAUCCCAACCACCUCCUCAUUCAGGACAAUGCGUUUGAAGGAUACGAGCAGAUUCCAGCCUGGAUCGUGGAAGGAUACUCGACUCUUCUGGUCGAAUCUGAGCAACAACUUGCGAGUCAGGGGCUAAGGGCGACAUUGAUGAUCACACCGAUAGGAGUCGGGUCGUUGGGUCACGCUGUUGUUGCGCACUGCAAAUGGGGAGGAAGGAAGAUCAAAGUGUUGACAGUAGAGCCUGAGACGGCCGCUUGUUUGAACCGCAACCUCCAAUCUCAGACCUGGGAGACGAUCGAAACGUCAGCCACGAUCAUGAACGGCAUGAAUUGUGGAACUGUGUCACCUAUUUCAUGGCCUGUUUUCCUAAAGGGCGUUGAUGCCAGCGUGAUGAUAUCAGAUCUCGAGUGCCACAAGGCUAUCAAAUACUUGCAAGCUCAUGAUGUCAACGCUGGUCCUUGCGGAGCUGCCUCUCUUGCUGCGCUACGAAGGGCGAAAGCACUCGACCCAGCCGCGAUCGGGCUUGAUUCCAAUGCUGUCGUUGUUUUGCUAAGUACCGAAGGCGCCAGAGGGUAUACCUUGCCUGCAGGUGCUUCUGACACUUGAAUCGGUAUGAAGAUAGUUAAGGACGGCCAAUCAACUUCUUAAAUACACCCGUCAUGAAGAGAGGGAUUCGGUUUAAACAGCAAAAUAUCGGGAUAGAGAAGCAAGGUUACAAUGUUAGCCGAUGCGGCAACAAUCACGGUUACAAGGCAG